CCGUCGACAAACCAAGAAAGCCUGGGUUGUUGGUAAAAGGGCAAAAUGACGUGCUUCCUUCUAAACCAGAAAGCCGUUGUCGGUAGGUCAUCGUCGUUAUCAAGGAACCAAUAAGAAAACACACAAACACACAAGUUUUCUUCUUUUCCCUCUUCACUCCGUAAAACCCUCGCAAACAACUUCAAUGGAGGUUCUUAUGCACACUCGAUCGCCAUACCAUCUUACGCUCAUCUUCCCCAAAAGUAGCAUUAAGAUCUCCACCAAGUUCCCUUUCCUUUUUCAAACCUCAACCACCUCCCGUCGACUUCAUCACACUUCCUUCUUCGUCGCCGCAACCAGUACCCCUCUUCCACUUCCUCCAACUUCACCAGUUUCCCUUGAACAGCCUGGAGGGAAGAUGGUGGUGGAGCUGGUGGGGACAUUCAAUGAGCUAACCGAUAGGAUGAAGAACAGUAAUCACCAAUUGCUCUCCACCAGCUCUUCUGGAUUGCUCUUCAAAACCCUAAAACUUUGUCUCCCGAUUUUACAGACUCUACCUCUUGCUCCCGAUGGUCGUUCCCCUCUCUCCCGUGCACUAUCCGCAGCUAUCCUUCUCGCCGAUCUUCAGAUGGAUGCGGAAGUUAUUUCUGUUGGUAUUUUACGUGAAGUUCUUGAAGCAAAUGCCCUAACAAUGUACCAAAUAAAGGAUAGAAUCGGUAUUAGCACUGCUCAUUUAUUACACGAAACCUUUCGAGUCAAACACAUCGCGUCCAAAAUCGACAUAUACGAUGAAGAAACCGCUUCCGCCCUUCGAAAAUUUUGUCUAACAUAUUACGAUGUACGCGCCUUAAUUCUUGAUCUUGCCCUUAAGCUGGAUAAAAUGAGAAACCUAAAUCACCUCCCACGAUACCUACAACAAAUGGUAUCUCUUGAGGUUAUGAAGAUCCAUGCUCCAUUAGCACACGCUAUAGGGACAAAUUCUUUAUCACUCGAACUCGAAGAUCUUUGUUUUCGUUAUUUGUUUCCAUACUCCUAUCUUCACGUAAACACAUGGUUAAGAAGCCACGAAACCGGAAGUAAACCGAUAGUAGACAUUCUCAAGGAACAACUGCUCCAACUGCUGAAAUCGGAUUCGGUUUUAGGGGAAAUGGUGGAUGGGAUAUCGGUUGAGGGUAGGUAUAAGAGUCAUUAUAGCACUAUGAAGAAGUUAUUGAGAGAUGGGAGAAAGCCAGAGGAGGUGAAUGAUAUUUUAGGGUUACGGGUUAUAUUGAAGCCUUCGUUGAAGUUGAUUAGGGAAAAUGAAUGUGAGAAAGUGUGUUAUAGGGCUCAAGAGGUGAUUAGGGGUUUGUGGAAUGAGGUGCCAAGUAGAUCAAAAGAUUAUAUUUCACAACCUAAAGCAAAUGGUUAUAAGAGUUUGCAUAUGGCGGUUGAUGUUAAUGGUGGUGGUGGGGUUAGACCGCUAAUGGAGAUACAGAUAAGGACCGAAGAGAUGAAUACAUUUGCAUUGGAUGGAAUGGCUUCACAUGCUUUUUACAAAGGUGGUCUUACUAAUCCUGAAGAAGCGAAACACCUGAAGACUAUUAUGAUUGCUGCUGCAGAAUACGCUGCAUUGCGCUUAAAAGAUUUUAUUUCCACAAACCCUAAAAAUCAUGUGAUUGAUGACGGGAAUCGGAAUCGUGUAUUCCGAUUCCUGGACAAGAAUGGAGAUGGUAAAAUUAGCAUUGAGGAGCUCACGGAAGUGAUGAUAGAGCUUGGUGCACAAGGGGAUGAUGCACGUGAGAUGAUGCAACUCCUUGAUGCAAAUAGUGAUGGUUCUUUGAGUUCCGAUGAAUUUGAUAUGUUCCAAAAACAGGUUGAACUAAUGCGGGGUUUAGAAGAUAGAGAUGAUGAAUACAAGACGAUGUUAAAUGAGAAGCUUCAAGUUACAGAUGGCAGUGGUUUGAUCCAGGUGUACCGAAAAGAACUUGAAGAUAGGCUUGCCAUAAGUUAGGCAUGCUUAUGUAUAUGUAUAUACAAAUUAUAUAAUUAUUUAAGAACCCAUGUUUUAAUUUAAUGUGGUUUUUGAAUCUGACCCUUGGCUGUAAAUAAACAUUGUAAAGUGGUGUAUAUUCGGAAAACAAGAUUGCCAGAUAAGUUAGUGUAUAUAUGUUGUUUUUUGAAAGGUGUGAGAG